GCUGUUUCAGGGCCACUUUCUGGAACGUUAUUUAGUUUUAAGGUUAUGAAUUGUUAAGAAAGUGGUACUAAGCGUUUUUAUUGUAUUAUUGAAGAUGGAACGACAUUUGUGUAGAGAUGAAUAUUCUAAAUUUCGUGAAAGUGAUCAAAAUCAACGUCGUCAAGAUAAACUAAAAGAUGGAGCUCAUGAAGAUGAUUACAAACAUCGUUUCGAGUCUUCGAAAUCUAAGCAUAAACAUAAACGUAAAAAAUCAAAGGAAGUUAAAAAGAAAUCAGGGAAACAAAAUGAUUCUUAUACAAGUAAAAAACAUUUGAAACAUAAAAGUAAAAAAAGGAGUUCGUCAUCAUCUUUUGAUGAUUCAUCUGAUUCAUCAGAUUCAUCGGCUAACUCUAUCAAACUGUUAGAGAAGCUUCACAAGCAACGGCAGAAACAAGUUGAGGAACGUAAGAACCAAAAAGAAAUGUUGAAAGCAACAGAAACACCAGAGGAAAAAAGAUUUCGACGAUUAAAGAAGAAAGAAGCCAAAGAGCGAAAACGUAAAGAAAGAAUGGGAUGGGAUAAUGAUUAUUUGCAUUAUACAAAUACAGAUAAUCCAUUUGGAGAUGGAAACUUAUUAUCGACUUUUGUUUGGUCUAAAAAGCUUGAGAAAGAGGGACUUCUCGGUGUCAGCAGGGAAGAACUUGAAACUAGAAAUAGAUAUAAACAAGAGGAAAAUAGACGAGAGUUGGAAAAAGUGAAAAAAAGACGGCAAGAAAGAGAAUUGGAAAGACAACAAAGAGAGGAAGAAAUGACUAUGUUACAAAGAGGAAAGGAAGCUGCACAAUUGGAACAGUGGGCAAGGCAGGAAGAUCAGUUUCAUUUGGAACAAGCUAGAUUGAGAUCACGUAUUAGAAUCCAAGAUGGUCGAGCAAAGCCAAUCGAUCUUUUGGCAAAAUACAUUAGCGCAGAAGAAGAAGUUGAUGCUGUCGAAAUGCAUGAACCUUAUACGUAUCUUAGGGGAUUACAUGUGAAAGAUUUAGAAGACCUCAUUGAAGAUAUUAAAGUGUAUAAAGAAUUGGAGAGAGGAAAAAAUUUGGAUUACUGGAAUGACAUAACAGUCAUUGUUGAAGACGAACUACAUAAGUUACGAAAAUUAGAACGAUCGGAGUAUGAAGUGGCCAUCGGACGCAGAGAAGGGAUUCAUGAAUCUGUAGCUAAAGAUGUUACUGCUAUUUUCAAAGGAAAGACUGCUGCACAGUUGAAAGCUUUACAGCAACAGAUUGAGUCAAAAAUUACUGGAAAACCAGAAGGAGUAGAUAUCGGAUAUUGGGAAAGUCUUUUGUCUCAAUUGAAAGCUCACAUGGCAAGAGCUAGGUUAAGGGACCGUCAUCAAGAGAAUUUACGGAAAAAAUUGGAAGUUUUAAUUGCCGAACAAGGUGUUGCUAAAACAGAAAGUGAAGCGGAAGGUUCGCAAGCACCUAGCGAGCAUUCUGCAAAACAUGACGAGCCUUCUACAAGUAGUAAAAUUGGGAAAAGCGAUGAGAGUCAAUCAGAAGAGGAACAAGAGUAUUCGAAUAUGACGAACGAUCUGUUAUCUGAAUCCUUUUGUGAAUACGAAACCGGUGGUUAUUCACCAACAUACAUGACACCAUCCCAGUUGGAGCCAGGCACUAUUGUUGCUUUGGAAGAAGAUGACAAUCAGCGUCUGGAAUAUGCACGCAGUCUAGUACUCAAUACUGGUUGUAAAGUACAAAAUGUAAUGACAGUCGAAGAACAAGCCAUGCACAGAGAAGCUCGUAAAAAUAUGGGCUCCGAUGAAGCACAAUUUAGCGUCGAGUCAUCCUUAGAAGCACAAAUCUAUCUAUGGUCGGAUAAAUACAGACCUCGAAAACCAAGAUAUUUCAAUCGUGUUCAUACGGGUUUUGAAUGGAAUAAAUACAAUCAAACUCAUUACGACAUGGACAAUCCACCACCAAAAAUUGUACAGGGCUACAAAUUCAAUAUUUUUUAUCCAGACCUGAUUAAUAAGAAUACUACGCCGGAGUAUUUUUUGACGCCUUGUGCGGAUAACAAAGAUUUUGCUAAUCUUCGCUUCCACGCAGGGCCACCUUAUGAGGACAUUGCAUUCAAGAUCGUCAACAGAGAGUGGGAGUAUUCAUAUAAGCGAGGUUUUAGGUGUCAAUUUCACAAUAAUAUAUUCCAACUAUGGUUUCACUUUAAAAGAUAUCGAUAUCGUCGGUGAAUUAUAUAUAAUUUUCUAUUCAUAUACUUUAUCAGACAAAUCUUGUUUCCUGGAUUUUAAUAACGUAUAUCAUUAUACGUUAUUUAUAUAUUUCUUAUAUACAUACCGUAUAUCACAGAAAAGCAGAAUAAUGCAGAAAAUUAAAAACUACUAAAUUGUUAUUUUGAACCUUUCUGCUUUAUGGUGUUCAUACUCCAGUAACAUUCAUAAUAGAUUUAAGCCAAUUUGUAUUUUGUAUUAUGUGUAAGGUGUUGGAGCAUAUGGAACAACGAUAUACAUAAAUGCACAUAUGCAUACACACAAUAUUACAAUUCUUGAACUAGCAAACAGAUACAAGUUCAUUGAUAUACAAAAACGCAAACAAACACUACUCGAUUGAACUAGGCACUUGUUUAUACCUAGUUCUGUCACGCCAGUCCUGCAAAAUGAAAUAAACCCAAAAGACGCAUUAUAUUAUACUCAUUGCCGCA